UAGUAGAAGAACAGAGACGCGCAUUUCUCGUGCAUUUAUGCACGGUAUCAAUCGUCAUGUUAUUUUAUUGUAAAAAGUAAAGAUAAAAAUAUAAAAUUAUGCAAAAUGUUGAGUUGUGGAAGAGCAGUUGGAAAAUUUAGUCGACUAUACAGAAAAAUUAAUUCAAAUGGAAUACAAAGAACUUGUAAAUUUAUAGACAUUACCGGAUUAUCGAAUUCAAGAUAUUUGAGCAAUGUAAAAAAUAAAAAUCCAGAAAAUACUGCUAAGCCUUCAACAACUUUGUCUAGUUCAAAAUCAUCAGUACCACCAGAAUGUGAAGAAAUUUGUGGAAAAAUUCAAGCAACUAAUUGUCAUGAAUCAUCGAAGAAACCUAAUGAUAUUACAAAAUAUUGGAAACAAAUUUUAGCAGCGGUCUUAAUAGCUGGAGUAACAGUUUAUGCAUUAACUCAAUCGAAAUCUUCUCUAGAAGAGAAAAAAACUAUUAAGAAGAAAGAAAAAAUAAAGAGUCGAAAAGAAAAAAUUCGAGUUCCUGCCAAUUCAAUAUUAAUUCCUCCAGAAGUCCCUUAUUUGUUAAUCGGAGGAGGAACAGCAGCAUUUUCAGCAUUUAGAUCUAUUAAAUCCAAGGAUCCAAAGGCUAAAGUCCUAGUCAUAAGUGAAGAACCAAGUUUUCCGUAUAUGCGACCACCACUAUCAAAAGAGCUCUGGUUUAGUCAAGAGCGAGAGCCAUCAAGUGAAUUGAAUUUCAGGCAAUGGAAUGGUACUACCAGAAGUAUCUAUUACGAGCCAAAAGAGUUUUACUCGAAAGUAGAGGAUUUAAUUGCAUCAGAUAAAGGUGGUGUAGCUGUAGCAAGUGGUUGGAAGGUUAAAGAACUUGAUUCCUACAAUAAAAUAGCAGUUCUAGAUGAUGGAUACGAAAUAAAAUAUAACAAAUGUUUGAUAGCUACAGGAGCAAAGCCUAAAAAUCUUAAAAUUUUUGAAUCUGCUACAGAAGAUGUACAAAAAAAAAUAAUAGCAUUCCGAACUAAAGAUGACUUUUUGGAAUUAGAAGAAAGAGUGUAUGAUCCAAAGGUGGAAGAUAUUGUUAUUAUUGGUGGAGGAUUUUUGGGAUCAGAGUUAGCAUGUUCACUGGCUAAGAAGCUUGAGAAUAUGAAAAAAAAAGUUUAUCAAGUAUACAAGGAAAAAUUCAUUAUGGACCAGGUUUUACCAGAAUACUUAAGUGAAUGGACAACCAAGAGAUCAAUAUCUGAAGGAGUUAUUUCGAUUGGUAAUGAAGAAAUUAAAAGCCUUAAUUAUAAAAAUAAUCAAUUACAAUUAACUUUGACAAGUGGCAAAACUCUGAACGCUGACCAAGUAAUUGUUGCAAUCGGUGCUGAUGCUAACACUGAGAUUGCCGAUACUAGUGGAUUAGAAGUUGAACCUAACAUUGGCGGAUUUUUAGUUAAUGCCGAAUUAGAAGCUAGAAGAGAUCUCUGGGUGGCUGGAGAUGCUGCAUGCUUCUACGAUAUUAAACUAGGUCGUCGAAGAGUUGAACAUCAUGAUCAUGCAGUAAUAUCUGGUCGAUUAGCUGGAGAAAAUAUGACCGGAGCAGGUAAACCUUAUCUGCAUCAAUCAAUGUUUUGGUCGGAUUUGGGCCCAGAAGUAGGUUAUGAAGCCAUUGGAAUUAUUGAUUCACAGCUUCCUACAGUUGGUGUUUUUGCUAAACCAGAAAAUUCUUCUGAUAAAAAAAAUAGUUUACAAGAAAAAAAAUCGGAAAGUAAUAAUGAAAAGCAAACUUCCUCAGAAAAAUCUAGUAAUAAAUCCGUGACUAAUUUAGAAGAAAAUACCGUUGCUAUAAAAAAUACUGGCACAGAAGAUGAUUAUAGUAAAGGAGUCAUUUUUUAUCUCAGGAAUAAUGUAGUUGUUGGCAUUGUCUUAUGGAAUAUUUUUAAUCGAAUGUCUUUAGCACGACAGGUUUUGGCGCGAGGAACUCAUCAAAAUGAGUUAAGUGAAGUCGCAAAACUUUUUUCUAUUCACGAUGAUUAAUUAUCAAUCAAUAAAAUAAUUAAUCAACACAGUGUGUAUAUAAUUUUUUUCAUCAUAUUAGUGUUAUCAUAAUUUUAUAUAUUGCGAAGUUAGGAUACAAUAUGAACUAUUUUUUACUUUGUGAUGAUAGACAGAAUUAUGGUCGAGAAAUAAUCUGCAUAAUCAUUUCUGUAAACAAACGGAAUAUAUUCUCAUUAAAUAUGCAUUUAGAUGAAUCCA